AUGGCUCACCCACCAACACAGGAAAAGCUCACGCGUAUUGCUAUUGUCAGCAGUGACCGUUGCAAGCCUAAAAAAUGCAAACAGGAGUGCAAGAAGUCGUGCCCUGUUAACAGAAUGGGCAAGCUAUGCAUUGAAGUAACACCCCAAGAUAAGAUAUCUUACAUCUCGGAAGAACUAUGCAUUGGAUGUGGUAUCUGCGUCAAAAAGUGUCCAUUUCAGGCCAUAACUAUCAUCAACUUGGCAAGUAAUCUGGAAAGCCAAAUAACGCACCGAUUCGGGCCUAAUUCUUUCAAACUCCACAGGCUUCCCAUGCCACGUCCUGGUGAGGUACUUGGUCUCGUUGGGACCAACGGCAUCGGGAAAUCAACUGCCUUGAGGAUUUUGCACGGAAAACUAAAGCCUAACUUGGGUCGCCACAGGGAUCCUCCUGAUUGGACUGAAAUUUUGACCUAUUUUCGUGGGUCGGAGCUCCAGAAUUAUUUCACGAAAAUUCUCGAGGACAAUUUAAAAGCUGUUUCAAAACCCCAAUACGUUGACCAAAUCCCUAAGCUCGUCUCAGGGAAGGUGAUAGAUCUAAUGAACCGGAAGGACGAUCGUGGCAAUCAGGAAGAAAUCCUCGAUGUUCUAGACCUAAAAAAUUUAGUUGACCGACAAGUUAGCGAACUAUCUGGUGGUGAACUACAGCGGUUUGCUUGCGCCAUGGUCUGCAUUCAAAAAGCCGAUAUUUAUAUGUUUGAUGAACCAAGUUCAUACCUCGAUGUCAAACAGCGUCUCAACGCUGCUAUUACUAUUCGAAACUUGCUCGACAAAUCAAAUUAUGUCGUUGCAGUGGAACAUGAUCUUUCUGUGCUUGAUUACUUGUCCGAUUUUAUAUGCUGCCUUUAUGGAGUUCCGGGUGCGUACGGUGUUGUCACCAUGCCAUUUUCUGUCCGUGAAGGUAUCAAUAUUUUCCUCGAUGGUAUGGUUCCAACCGAGAAUUUGCGGUUCCGUGACGUUCCUCUGGUUUUCAAGGUUUCUGAAACCGGCAACGAAGAGGAGGUUAAGCGUGUAGCUCGGUACGAGUAUCCGCCAAUGACCAAGUCGCUAGGUUCGUUCAAGCUUGAGGUUCAGGCCGGGACCUUUACGGAUUCCGAAAUUAUUGUGAUGUUGGGUGAAAAUGGUACUGGUAAAACCACAUUCAUUCGCAUGCUUGCGGGUAGCCUCAAACCUGAUGAUGGAGUCAAAAUGCCACUACUAAAUGUCUCCUACAAGCCGCAGAAGAUUAGUCCCAAGUCGGAGAAGACUGUUCAAAAUUUGCUCUACGAAAAGAUGCGUGCAGCUUUUACUCACCCACAAUUCUCUACCGAUGUCCUCAAGCCUCUUCAAAUGGAAAGGUUAUAUGAUCAAGAGGUAUUAAAUCUGUCCGGUGGAGAGUUGCAGCGUCUUGCAAUUACGUUGUGCUUGGGUCAACCAGCUGACGUCUACCUGAUCGACGAGCCCUCCGCCUACCUGGACUCUGAACAGCGUCUGCACUGUGCCAAAGUUAUCAAACGCUUUAUCAUGCACGCCAAAAAGACCGCGUUCAUUGUCGAGCACGACUUCAUAAUGGCCACUUACCUGGCCGAUCGAGUUGUCGUCUUUGAGGGCACUCCUGGUGUUCACGCCGUAGCUACCAGUCCGCAGAACAUGGUUUCGGGGAUGAAUCAGUUCCUUCAGGCUCUAAACAUCACGUUCCGUCGCGACUCGCGUAACUGUCGUCCUCGAAUAAACAAGCUGAACUCCGUGAAAGAUGUGGAUCAGAAACAAUCCGGCAACUAUUUCUUCCACGAGGACUAA